UGUUCUUAUCAAUCUCAGCCGAUGCAUCCCCAGCGAUGGAAAGUUGUACAAAUGUCGAAAGAGCGACCAUCUUUACAGCCUUCUCCGAGACCGAGACAUGCGGGUCGCUUUUGACUAUUCGUGGGUCAUGGUUGCGUUUUUCGAAGGUCGGGGCCGCCAACUCUACCACGAUUUUGUAGAGGGACUCAAAGACUGCGAUUUUGCCAUUCUGGACCUGCAACUGGAUGUCACCGAGGAGGAGGCUGCAAGCACCGGCCUCUUUGGCGAAUUUGGUGCGAGCCGCAGUGCCUUGAUUCCCAUCGGGGAUACACACCAGAUGUCCAUGGUUUUUGAUGCCUGCAACAAGUUCGGCACCACGGAUUUCUUGGAUAAGUGGGAGAAAUACACGCAAUCUCGCCAUCCCACGAAUCUCCUUGAAUUCGUCCAAUGCUGGAAGGAUCUGGCUGCUCGGGAAAUGAGGGAUGUACGGAGAGGACUAGACCACUUGACGGGUGCGUCGUCCCUCCUGGCAUUCGACGAGGAUGAGUCUCGGGAGCUACACCUUCGAGGUACAGAGCUUAGGCAAAGCUACCCUCGUAUGCGUCCAGUGAUCAUGAUCUCCCGCGGUGCUGACGGCCUGCCGUAACUCUCCUCUUGCGCUGCGGAUAUGCUGGCUGGUACCUUUAUGCAAAUGGA